GAUGGCGCCGAAGAAGAAGGGUAAGGGUAAGGGGGACAAGCUGGCCAGGAUGACGGUGGAGCAGCGUCAGCAGUACCUGGACCGUCGGGCCGCCCAGGAGGCAGAGAACAACAGACGCAAGCAGGAGCUGAUCGCUGGCUUCCUCAAGCUCAAGUUGGCCGACGAGCAGGACAAGGGCGCCGUCAACGAGGCCAAGUUGACCACCAAGUGGAGGGAGGUCCUCCGCCAGGCCUCCACCUCCACCCUCUCCACCCAGUUCCAGGAGUUGAGGACGCGGGUGACGGACGCCACGACGCAGCAGGAACGUCUGAUCCGUCUGCUGAGGUCCCAGGUGGAGCAGGCCCAGCUGCAGCGGACCCAAGCUGCCCACAACCACCUGUCUGCCGUCCACAGACUCACAGAACUGCACGAGCAGCACGUGGGCGUGUUGAGCUGGCACGUGCGGGAGCGGGAGGUGGACGUAACACGUGCCCAGGCCACGGGCACGGAGGAGCUGGCGGCCACGCACCUGCACCACCUGCGCCGCCUCUCUCUGGUGAGCCAGGCCGCCCUCAGGCACCACGCCCUCACCCAGAAGGAGGAGCUGGCCGCCUUCCACACCUCCAUCACACACCUCACCACUCAGUUGGAGGAGGAGGUGGCGGGGGCGCUGGUGGAGCGGGAGGCCACCCUGGAGGAGGCCUGGGCCAGGCUGGCCGUGUCCGUGAGGGACCACCGUCACCACACGGCCUCCCUCAGGGCCACCUGUCACCACCUCCAGCAGCGGGUCUCCACCAACCACGCCAACCUCACCCUCAUCAACCACGCUAUUAAAGACAUCCAGAGCGAAGUGGAGGAGGUGCGGAGGAGACUCCGGCAGGUGGAGAGGCCGUCAGACGCGGCACAAGAACUCAGGCAGCUGAAGAAGACGGUGAUGGUGCUGCGAGCCACCCUCGCCUCCCACCGUGUCGCUCAACGGUCGCUCAUCAAGGCCAUCAACAGGAGGGGCUACGAGGCCAAGAAGGAGCUGGAGCAGGUGGUGAAGGAGGGGCGGGCGGUGCUGGACCUGGCCGCCACCUGCGGCCGCCUGGAGACCGCUAGGGACCGCAACCUUCCCUUCUUACCGCCGCCGCCUGCCCCCUCUCUCGCCGCAGACGGCCGCCUGCGGACCCGCCUCACUCUUCCCGCCCAGCCGCUCCACCACACCCAUCUCGGCCGCACCCUUCCGCAGGAGGUGGAGCCUGAGGCGGGGCUGUGGGAGGACGCCGAGGAGGGGCUCGGCACCUCCCUCCCAUCAGCGAAGGAGCCUCCACUACUGGCCACGACAACUCCGAGGGGGUCUCGGAGCCUAGUGGAGACAGACGAGGGUGUAGGGUCUAGUGUGGGGCACUCCGCUGCCGCCUCCAGCACCAUGGCCUCUGGCACCAUGGCCCUCAGCACUAUGGCCUCUGGCACAGUGCCACUGCCCAGCCUCCAUACACCAUACCCGAAAGGUGUGGCCGGGGUGCGGGCCGGGGGGCGGGCCACCCUUGGCCAGGACAAGAUGGCCAGGAUCAGCGAGCUACUGUGCCACGAGGAGGCUGCCAGCGAGGCCGCCCACGCCCACCCAACCCUCCACCCUCUCCCGGACUUCGUUCUCCAAGAGGCCGACGAGGUGCUCAAGACCCAGGACGACCUGCGCAACUUCUGGCGCAAGUACCACCAUGUGCAGCUGGAGCGCCUGGCCCUGCGCAGCGAGGCGCUCCUCCUGCAGGAGGAGGGAAGACACCUGCGGGCGCUCCUGCGUCAGUACUUUGUCUCCCUGGGAGUGACGGACGCUGCUCUCUCCCAGACCCCGGCCCCCGUCACUGUCUCACACCUCUGUCUCAGCCACCCCAACCGUCUCCCCAGGAGACGGUCCCAGUCCGUGCCGGCGGGGGGCCAUGGUCAGGGCCACGGCCAGGGCCACCUGCUGGCCUCGUGUGAGGACUGGAAGUGGCCCGGCAAGGCUACAGGGAAUAUGGGGCCACAUGUGCAGGAGGCCCACCUGUUGCUGCGCUCCGCCGCCCUCCACUCCCUGCCCAGACUCCACACUGGCUGACCUGCUGUCCUCCUGGCCUGCUGUCCUCCUGGCCUGCUGUCCUCCUGGCCUGCUGUCCUCCUGGCCUGCUGUCCUCCUGGCCUGCUGCUCUCCUGGCCUGCUGCUCUCCACCUGCCCAGACUACUUUAACGUUAACAAUAUUAACAUCAGAUAGAUAAUGUUAGCAUUAGCAAUAACAAUGUGGGAAAAUUACUUGACCUAUACUUAGACACGAGACUCAACUUCAAUACCCACAUGCAACACAUAGCCAAUAUAGUCGCAAAAACGGUCGGUAUGUUGACCAGACCACACGCUAGAAGGUGAAGGGGCGACGACGUUUCGGUCCGUCCUGGACCAUUCUCAAGUCGAUUGUCGACUUGAGAAUGGUCCAGGACGUCCCUUCGCCUUCUAGU